AUGCCGUCUGAUGUCCCAUCUCGGGAGAAACCCCUCCUGCCUUACUGGAACUCGAAGAAGAAUGUGGCCACGAAGAGGGCGGUUCGGACCCUGACUAUCGCCGUUCUGGUCGUGUGCGGGCUCCUCCUGGUCCUCAAUCACAGUGUCUCCUCCCAGCCGAGUCUCGAGUUCAACUAUGUGCCAAAACCUAUUCGGCCGGAGAAGCACCCGGCCGAGACGGUGAUCCCUCUACCACGGAAGAGCGCAAAGAAGAUGCCGAAGAUACAGCAUAAGGCUGUGCCAGAGACCAUCAGGGAGAAGAAGAUCCGCGAAGCCAGGCGGGAAGAGAUUCGCAAUGCGUUCUUGCAUACGUGGGAGGGCUAUAAGGCGCACGCAUGGGCGCAUGAUGAGCUGCGCCCGCUGGCUGGAGGAUUCAAGGAGCCUUUCUGUGGGUGGGCGGCGACGAUGGUGGAUAGUCUGGACACCCUGUGGAUCAUGGGUUUGAAGGAGGAGUUUGAGCUGGCUCUGGCUGAGUUGGAGAAAGUGGAUUUUACGAACAAAAAAGGCUGCGUUAUCAACCUGUUCGAGACGACGAUUCGGCAUCUCGGGGGUCUGCUGGCGGCGUGGGAUCUUAGUGGAGGCAAAUAUGGUAUUUUGAUAGAGAAGGCAGUGGAAUUGGCAGAGGUGCUCUUCACGGCGUUUGAUACACCGAACAGGAUGCCCACCCCGCACUAUCAGUGGUCUGCCACCAACCCUGCAGCGAACAAUCACUUACCGAGUAAUUCCGUGGUACUUGCUGUACUGGGCACUCUGUCCCUCGAAUUCACUCGGUUAUCGCAAAUCACGGGAAAUGACAAGUAUUACGAUGGGAUCCAAAAGGUUAUGGACGAGCUCGAGAAAUGGCAGGACCAGACGCUGCUCCCGGGGAUGUGGCCGGCGAUCGUAAAAUCGGACAUUUAUAACGAGAGCAUUUCCCUGGGAGCGGCAGCGACAGGGGAGCAACAAUAUACCCUCGGAGCUUUGGCAGACUCGGCGUACGAGUACCUGCCAAAGCAAUACAUGCUUCUGGGAGGUCAAUUGAAGUCGUAUCAAACCAUGUACGAGAAAUUCGUCCGAGUGGCCAAGGAAUACCUAUUCUUCCGACCCAUGACCAUCAGCGACGAAGAUAUCCUCAUAUCGGGCACAGUCUUUAAGGCACCGGGCGGCCAACCGAGACUGUCACCCGACCUACAACAUCUGUCAUGCUUCACUGGUGGCAUGCUAGCUAUCGCAGGAAAAAUAUUCAACCGACCGGAGGACGUCGUUGAUGGCGGGAAGCUGGCGGAUGGUUGUGUCUGGGCAUAUCGAAACACCCUGUCCGGUAUCAUGCCAGAAACCUUGACUGCGGUCCCUUGCGAGAAUAAGUCGAGCUGCACAUGGAAUUCGAAUAAGUGGUAUGAAGCCAUCCAACGUGGGCGUGGUCAUGCGGCGAGUACUACCCAGGGUAAGAUCAAUACCGGGGAUUUGUCUCCGGGAUUCGCCAAGGUGAGCGAUGCUCGAUACCUUUUGAGACCCGAGGCCAUCGAAUCAGUCUUCAUCAUGCACCGUAUCACAGCGAACCCGUAUUGGCGCGAGAGCGGGUGGAACAUGUUCAAGUCCAUCAACGCCUACACCGUGACAGAUAUCGCGCACUCAGCGCUCGAUAAUGUGCUCAAGGGCGCUCCGGCUCAAGUUGACGAGAUGGAGAGUUUCUGGACGGCGGAAACGCUCAAGUAUUUCUAUCUGCUGUUUAGUGACAACGACGUCGUCAGUUUAGACGACUACGUCUUAAAUACCGAGGCACAUCCUCUCAAGAGGCCUAGAUGA